UCAUAGUGUGAGAAAGGAACUCGAAGAAGAUGACAAUGGAGAAGUGGGUUCCUCUAUUUGACAUCUUCCUUAACUCACCUUCUCCUGAAGGAGAGGCAUCUCUGUGGUUGCAACAGUCUUUCGACGCCUCAGCACCCACCUCCACCAUCACUGCCAACUCUUUCCUUUCGCUGCUCUCGAAGCCCUGCGAUACCACCGUCAUCGACCCUUCUCCUUCAUCUUCCGCACCUUCGUCUUCCUUCCCCUCCAAGAGAGUUAUGUGGAUUCAGACUCUCCCCAAUGCGAUUCAGUCCCGAAUCCUUUCUUUUCUUGCCGUCGAGAACCGAAGAUUCUGCGCCCGAGACCUAACUGCACUUGCCACCAACAUUUUGGAAGGACACUCAGAACUAGACUUUUGGGUCAAGAGAGCUGCCCUCAACCUGCUCGAUUCAAUUACUAGCUUGAACUCCUGCUCGAGUUCGUAUUCUGUUAGCGACACACUAGAAGAAAAGGAGUUCCGGGCUUUACCCGAUUGGCUUCAGGAUAUGACUAAUGCCACUGGUUCAUUGCUUCCAUGGCUCCCUCUAUCUCCUGCUGAGUUGAAUUCAACAACUUUGUCCCGCUGUUCUGCUGAUGGGAGUCCAAACCAGGAUGAAGAUUCGUUUAUUAAAGUUGAUGAAAGAAUGGAAGAGGAUGGUUCGAAUGCGAUCCAAUCGUCGGCGGGAAUCAAGCUUGUAAGUCCAGCAGAUGCUCCUCUAGACCCUGAAAUUCAAAAGAGAGCAGCUUUUUUUAAAGCCCGGCUCUUAAACUUUGAGUCUACAUCAAAGACAGUAAACCUCGCUAAUGAAAUUCGUCAGCUCUAUUUCGAUCAAGGGGGAGGAAGAGUUUCCUUAACGGUUUUGGGUAUAAUUGAACCUUGGGAAGCUGAUGAAGAGACUGCUUCCAUACUGUUAUCGCACCUUUCAAAAGGGGUGGAUGAAGACUUUGCUUGGUCUGGCCAGGUUCUUUGCUCUGUUGUUCUUCCCAAGUUGUUGGUUAUCAAUGAACCUGCUUCUCGUGUGCUGGUAACUGCAACCAUUGAGUACUGCAAGCUCCACCAGAGGGCUGCUGUUGAUGCACUCUUAUUUCCGUUGAUCCUUUGCAAGGAAGGGAUCAACUCCCCUAUCUGUGAUGUGGUCACAAGGAUCAUCAGGGAGUGUUUGCACCCAGCUCAUGUAUCUGCCGUCUGCCAGAAACUGCUCUGCAGAGAAGAGGACGCAAGACAGUUUGUCUGUCUCCCCUGCCAUCGUAGUCUAAUAUCCAACAAAUUGGUAUGGACUGAACCGCUGUUUACAUUUUUCCAGAACAUCCUGAAUCACAAUGUUCAUUUAACACAGGAUUCUGUUAAUCAUCUUGUUUCUGUGGUUGGGGAAUUGGCUGAUGGAUUUUCAAAUUCUUUGAAGUUUGGGAACUUCUUGUUAUGUUUGGUUACCAAAUGUGCUCAUUUACUAAAGUCUCAUAAGGUUUUGUUGAUUGAAGCAGUUGAAUGUACCAACACUUUUAUGACCAAAUCUAUAUUAUCAAAAUUGGCAGGGCUGUGACUU